CUUUCCAACAUGCGGUUUCCUUCGGCCGUUCCCACCCCGCCCCACGCGGCUGUUCUGUCGAGGAUCUUUCCUUCCUGCCCCUGACUGACAGCCCGGCGCGUCCCUCCCGCGCCGCCGCGGCCCCUCCCGCGCCAUGGUGCUGCCGCCGCUGCUCCGCGCCGUCAUCAUGGGGCCGCCGGGCUCCGGGAAAGGCACCGUCUCCGCCAGGAUUAUCAAACACUUCGGCAUGAAGCAUCUAUCCAGCGGAGACCUGCUGAGGGACAACAUGCAGAAGAAGACAGAAAUUGGAAUCCUUGCCAAGUCCUACAUUGAUCAAGGUCAGCUUAUUCCAGAUGAUAUCAUGACACGACUAGUACUGAAUGAGCUAAAAAGUCUAGAUCGCUACAACUGGCUAUUGGAUGGUUUCCCUAGAACGGUUGCUCAGGCAGAUGCCCUGGAUAAAGAAUGUCAAAUAGACACUGUGAUUGACCUCGAUGUACCAUUUGAGACUAUAAAAUGCCGGCUGACAGCACGUUGGAUCCACCCUGCUAGUGGCAGAGUCUACAAUCUUGAGUUCAAUCCUCCCAAGGUGCAGGGUAUUGAUGAUAUUACUGGAGAGCCACUUGUUCAGCGCGAUGAUGAUAAGCCUGAGACAGUUACCAAGCGGCUACAGGCUUAUGACACACAAACAAAACCUGUUCUGGAAUAUUACAGGAAAAAAGGAUUAUUGAAAUCCUUCUCUGGAACAGAAACCAAUAAGAUCUGGCCUCAUAUCUAUGCUUUCCUCCAGACCAAGUUGCCAGAUGUAAGCCAGGAAGAUGCUGCCACUCCCAGGUGAAAAUCGACCUAACGACCUAACUUCUGCUCAUCUGCCAAUGCUCACACUUGCUGACAUGAGAUUCAGCCAUUGAGGAUUUCUCUAAGUAGUCUACCAGACUGAUCAAUAAUUAAAGUCUAAUAUUGUCCUUAACUUACAUGAUGAUAAAACUUUAUUGCCUGUGGUUCUCACUUUAAUGCUGGUUUUUUUUUAUAUUAAAGAUACCUGAUUUUUAUAAUAUAGUAACUGAUUUAACAAAAGCAGCUACUCUUGUGCCUCUUAUUGAGAAAAUAUUUAUGUCUGCAAAUUUGACAUUCAGAAUACAGCUUAAUCACAAAGCACACUGAUUGAUUUACUCAGUCAUGAACUGUUGUGCGAAGCAAUGAUAAGGACAUGAAGGCAUGUUUCUUGAACGUGUGAUUAGCUGGGGCCUGUCAGAAGCCUUGAAGAACCAUGACCACCAUUGUGCAAAAAGCUGUUUCACACCAGAACUGGCAUAUAUAGAGGCUGACUUCAGGGAAGACAGUCACCACCUUGUAGCUUUGCUUAGUUGAUAGGCCUUAUUAUUACACUUGUAUUUCUGCCCUCAGAACAGUUAUCAUGCAGGUAUGAGAAAUGAAGUUUCAAUGAUGUAUAAGACAUUUGGUAAGACAGUGGUCAAAUUAUUAACUCUUCAUAUUACUGUAGCAGUUUUUUGUAGCAACUGGACUGGAUUUCAUGAGUUCAUACUACUAAUUCAUGUCUCUGAUAAGCUCCUGCAUUUAUUUACUCACUAAAUAAUUGGAGUUACAAACCUCCACAGGCCACACUUUUUUAACAGUUUAGGUAAUGUAGAUGUUGCUAUUUUUCAAUGAAUUCUCCUCCUAGCCCUUUUUUUUUUAUGCUCACUAGUUUGAGAGUUUCAGGAAGAGUCAGCAAAACCUGGGGAACAAGUCUGUCUAGGCAACGUCUGAAACAGCUGUGUCAUAGCACGUCCCAACCUUGUUUUGCAAUGACCAUUUUUGAACAGCUACAGAACUGUGGUGCCCCUUGGGACGUGGUCAUUGUGGAACUCAAAGCUUUCCCGUUACUCUAAAUGAACAAUAUGGGCACCAGCUAUCACUGCAAGCAGCUUUCCUUACAUUUUAAAGGAAGCCUGCCAAAAGGCUGACCACUUGUACUUUCAUCUUCAUAAAUAUCUAUAUGGAAGCUGUAGACUGAGUUUAUAGAUGUGAUUCCUGAAAAAAUUAAUUAUUAGAAAACCAUAGCUACCACAUUAAAACAAGAAACACAGAUGUGCUGCUUACUUUUAUUUAUGCAAUCUAAUUUCAAUAAAAAGCAGCUGUGCCUGGCUUUUUGCCAGCCUAUGUAUGUUUCAGUUAGCAGGGAAGGAAUCUCAUUAUGAUUUGAUACUUAUUCCCACACCAUCCAAUUUUCAGUCCUUAGAAACUUAAAAAAAUAACUUUAAUUAUAUCACAGAUUGCUAGAGCAAUGUGGUUCUCCUGCUAAUGGCAGCAAUUGCAA